AAGUGGAAUCCUCCAGUUUGUUGCUUAGCAACGAAUCGACCACAGCCGUUAAAGCUCUCAGCUCUGAGAGAGUCCCGACUGACCCACCGAGCUGUCAAGCGGCGAACAACUCUGGUCUCUGGGUCCUGAGUCCCUCAGUCGCGAUUCCCGCCGGCCCUGCGGGGCCCGCAAGUCCUUGCCGCCAUGAGCAGCAAGAAGGAUAAGCUAUCCACUAAAGGCAAAUCAAAGAUGCCAGCGAGAUUCCUACCGCAGUUGCCUAUGGAUAAACUAUCCAGCAAAGAAAAGGCCAAGCUGCCUACAACAGUCUUACCACAGUUAACUUUGACAGGAGUCAAGCACCAGUGGCAGCAGACUGCUCCAUCAUUCCAUUUAAAUAUCAAACAGGAAAACCCAAUUCUAGAACCCUAUACUGUUAAAAAUGAGCAGUCGUUUGCUGAAUACAUGGAACACUACCGGAGAAAAGGGAAACUUCUGGACCAAAUUGAUGAUGACCGUUCUGCACCAUCAACUUCCAGAUCAAAGGUCAAAUCUCCACAUAAGGAGAGAGAGAAUCUCAGAAGCACCCUUGUCAAAGUCAUUAUGCAACAAGAUGGUGGUUUAGAGUCCGAUGUCAUUGAUGAGAGCGGUAUUCCAAAAGUGGCUACUUCUCCAAGAGAGAAAGACAUCUUGAGGUAUUACUACUACAUUCGCCAUGGAAUUGAUAGUGAUCAUGUGGCCCCAUUGGAAGACUCUUGGCUGGAGCAUGUAUUACAAUUGGUUCCACAGCAUCUAAAAGUUAUGACUAAUAGCAUCAUGGUCUUGUCAGAUGAGAUAAGAGAAGAUUAUCUUCUUAGUGUAAAGAAAUCCAUAGUUGACUUUGUUUUAAAAGAUCCCAGAGAAAAAGACGAUGAUGGCAAGAUAACUGAACUCCCACCUCACCGUGCUGAAAUAGAAGUCUUGCCAAAGCCAUGGAGGAGGUCUUUCCUAUCUGCAUGCAGUUACAUUAGGGAUCACUUGAAUGCAAUGAACCCUAUGAUGCUGGCUGUGCUGGAUCUGUGGCAUAGCACUUUUAAGAAAUUACGUCUAGUUGACAUAGAAGAGUUUCACAAGCGCCAGGAUGCAUUAGAGCUAUCAGAAUUUCAGAACAUUGUCAUUAAACACAUGGAAUCUGCCAAGGAGACACUACUUAAAACGUGGUUUCCAGAAGUGCAGAAUAUUUAUUACAAAGGCAAUAAAAAAAAGCAAUUGCCAACUGGCAAGAGCAGCGCCAAAUUGGACUCUUUUUUCAACUGCGCUGCUACACUCAUGACCUUACAGCUGCAGGACCUCAUUCUUGUCUCCAUGCAAGACUUCACAGACCUCAUCGCCCAACCUCCUGAAUCAACUAGAGCUUUUGAACAUCCAGGUUUCAUCAUGAGGCUGGUUCUUGAUAAAGAUAACAUUAGUUUUGAACCUGAGUUUAAUGACUACAUAGAUAUUCUUGUAAAUAUCUAUGAAAUCAUGAUUAAGGCUGUCAGCUUUGUGCCAAGAGUUGAGACAAAAUUGUAUUCCCAAUGGGAAAGCAAAUCUAAGCCAACAACUUUGAAGCCCAUAAUUCUGAAUGAAAUCAUAGAUGGUCAUAAGGAAAAGAUUAGAGAGGUGAUUUUACGAGAGAGCGUGGCACCAACCGAGCACCUCAAAAUGUAUGACAAGUAUCAGUUCUUGAUUACUGGAAAAGCUGAGCGUGAUAUUGAUGAGUUCCUGUUUCAAAGUCAGAACUAUGAGAGACUAAUAGAGGAAAUUCGCAAAUACCAAAAGCUAGAAGAAGAAAUACAGUACACAUCUCGAAAGGCUGUUCGUUUGGGAAUGUUUGAAAUGCACUGUGAGGAACUGAUCAAAUCGUUGGUGAAGAGAGCAGAUAUCAUCUGUGGGAAACUGAUAGCCAAGAUGUUCCGCAAUCACCAGAAAGAAAGCACAAUGCUAUGUGAUGAGUUUGAGAAGAUAGCUGAAAAGGCUCUGAGUACGCCUCUAAACACAGCUGAGCUCAUGGAGAUGAAGGCUGACAUUCAGAAAGUGGAGACAACUGACAUGUUGGAGCUGAGACAGAGACUUGUGGAUUCUAAAAACUGCCUGGCCUUCCUCAUCGAGUGUGUCAACUUUUCUCCUGCAGACAUCAGACUAAAUAACAGUGUUUUCCAGUGGUAUGGCAGAAUGGGGGAGAUUUUUGAUGAGCACAGGAAAAUCAUUAAAGAUAAAACAGAACAAUAUCAAGAAGCCCUUAAGUUUCGGUGUGAGCGAUUUGUGGAGGAAUUGGAGAGUUAUGCUAAACAAGUAGAAGAAUUUCAUACAUUUGGAGACCUGAUGGAUAUGCAAAGGUACUUGCAAAAGGCCCAGGUGCUAAAUAGCAAGUUGGAUGCAGCAGCAGACAAGAUUGAUCAGUUCAAUGCAGAAGAGGAGGCGUAUGGCUGGGUCCCAUCAGUAUAUCCUCAACGUAAAAAGAUCCAGGAUGCUUUGAACCCUUAUCUCCGUCUCUAUGAAACUGCUGUGGAGUUUAGUGCCAAACACAAAUGGUGGACUGAAGGACCAUACCACAAGGUGAACCCAGAUCAAGUAGAAACAGAUGUUGGGAAUUACUGGAGAGGGCUGUAUAAGCUAGAGAAGGUCUUCCAUGAUUCUCCAAAUGCGCUGGCAAUGACCAAGAAAGUGCAAUCAAUGGUGGAGGAGUUCAAGCAGUACAUCCCUCUCAUCCAAGUGAUCUGUAAUCCUGGUCUGCACCCCAGGCACUGGGAGGCCAUGUCCACCAUCGUUGGCUACCCUCUGAAGCCCUCAGAUGACUCUACAGUUUUAUCAUUCAUAGACAUGAACUUGGAGCCAUUUUUAGACAGAUUUGAAGGCAUUAGUGAAGCAGCUAGCAAAGAAUAUUCUCUUGAAAAGGCCAUGGAUAAGAUGAUGACUGAAUGGAACUCCAUGGAGUUUGUCAUUCAUCCCUACAGAGAAAGUGGGACAUACAUUUUGUCCUCAGUCGAUGACAUUCAGAUGUUGCUGGAUGACCACAUUAUCAAAACGCAAACUAUGCGAGGAUCUCCUUUCAUCAAGCCUUAUGAAAAGCAGAUGAGGGAAUGGGAGGGCAAGCUGCUGCUGCUGCAGGAGAUCCUGGAUGAGUGGCUCAAGGUACAAGCCACCUGGCUCUAUCUGGAGCCCAUUUUCAGCUCUCCGGACAUUAUGUCCCAAAUGCCAGAGGAAGGCAGACGAUUCAAAGCUGUGGAUAAAACCUGGAGGGAUAUGAUGAAAACGGUUGUACAAGAUAAGCAAGUCCUGGCAGUUGUGACUAUCGAGCGAAUGCUGGAGAGGCUGAAAAAGUCCAACGAACUCUUGGAGCUCAUUCUUAAAGGGUUGAAUGAGUACUUGGAAAAGAAGCGCCUCUUCUUCCCCAGGUUCUUCUUCCUGUCCAACGAUGAGCUCCUCGAGAUCCUGUCUGAGACCAAGGAUCCCACCCGAGUGCAGCCUCACCUCAAGAAAUGCUUUGAAGGAAUUGCAAAGGUCGAAUUUACAGAAACAUUGGAUAUUACACAUAUGAAGAGUAGUGAGGGAGAAGUCGUGGAGCUUGUAGAUACCAUUUCAACAGCCAAAGCCAGGGGCCAGGUGGAGAAGUGGUUGGUUGAGUUAGAGAGGACUAUGAUUAAGUCCAUUCACAAGGUGAUUAGAGAUGCAAUUGCUGCCUAUACAAAAUAUUCACGAAUUAGUUGGGUAAGAGAUUGGCCUGGACAGACUGUUCUCUGUGUAUCUCAAACCUUUUGGACGGUAGAAGUCCAAACUGCUAUACCUAAGGGGCAUCAGGCCCUUGAAGACUACUUGGCAAAAUGCAACCAACAAAUUGAUGAUAUUGUCACAUUGGUUCGUGGCAAAUUGUCCAAGCAGAACCGUGUUACUCUGGGAGCCCUUGUGGUACUGGAUGUUCACGCUAGAGAUGUGCUUGCCAGCCUUGCAGAUAAAAAAAUCAGUGAUGACUCAGACUUCCAGUGGUUAAGUCAGCUUAGAUACUACUGGCAAGAAAAUAAUUUAGAAACAAAGAUGAUCAAUGCUGGUUUGCGAUAUGGCUAUGAAUAUCUGGGAAAUUCCCCUAGACUAGUCAUAACCCCACUCACAGACCGCUGUUACAGACUAUUUACUUCCAGACUCUACCUACCCAUGUUCAAAAGAACCAUGUCUUCUGUUCACAGUGCACGUGCCUGGACCUUAUUUGGAGCCCUUCACCUGCACCUUGGAGGAGCACCUGAGGGCCCAGCUGGCACCGGAAAGACAGAAACAACCAAGGAUUUAGCAAAAGCGGUUGCCAAACAGUGUGUCGUUUUCAACUGCUCCGAUGGGCUGGAUUAUUUGGCCUUAGGAAAAUUCUUUAAGGGACUGUUAUCCUGUGGAGCCUGGGCUUGCUUUGAUGAGUUUAACAGAAUUGAUUUGGAAGUACUUUCUGUGGUUGCUCAACAAAUCCUUACCAUCCAGAGAGGCAUUAAUGCAGGUACCGAUCUCCUAGUGUUUGAAGGAACAGAACUAAAACUUGACCCCACAUGCGCUGUCUUCAUAACAAUGAACCCUGGGUAUGCUGGGCGGUCAGAGCUGCCAGACAAUCUGAAGGCUCUGUUCCGGACAGUGGCCAUGAUGGUGCCUGACUACGCCAUGAUUGCGGAGAUAGUGCUGUACUCUUGUGGCUUUGUCACUGCGAGGCCACUGUCCAUAAAGAUUGUGGCAACAUACCGCUUGUGCUCAGAGCAACUGUCCUCCCAGCAUCACUAUGACUAUGGGAUGCGAGCUGUGAAGUCUGUGCUCACAGCUGCUGGCAAUCUGAAGCUGAAAUAUCCAAAUGAAAAUGAAGAAAUUUUGCUACUUAGAUCUAUUAUUGAUGUAAAUCUGCCGAAGUUUUUAUCCCAUGAUUUGCCACUCUUUGAGGGAAUUACCUCAGAUUUGUUUCCUGGGGUGAAAUUACCAAAGCCAGAUUACAAUGAUCUGCUGGCUGCCAUCAGAGACAACUGCCACACCAUGAAUUUGCAAAUGACCGACUUCUUCUCUGAGAAGAUCCUUCAGAUCUACGAGAUGAUGAUUGUGCGCCAUGGUUUCAUGAUUGUUGGAGAGCCAUUUGGAGGGAAGACCAGUGCAUAUCGUGUUCUAGCUGGAGCAUUAAAUGACAUUUGUGAAAAGGGACUAAUGGAAGAAAACAAGGUUCAAAUAACAGUUUUAAAUCCCAAGUCUGUCACCAUGGGCCAGCUUUAUGGGCAGUUUGACUUGGUUUCCCACGAGUGGUCUGAUGGGGUCCUUGCUGUCAGCUUUAGAGCAUUUGCAGCUUCCUCGACUCCAGACAGGAAGUGGUUAAUCUUUGAUGGGCCAGUUGAUGCCGUGUGGAUUGAGAACAUGAACACUGUGCUGGAUGACAACAAGAAGCUGUGUCUGAUGAGUGGGGAGAUUAUUCAAAUGUCACCACAAAUGAACCUGAUUUUUGAACCGAUGGAUCUGGAAGUCGCCUCUCCAGCCACUGUUUCCCGGUGUGGCAUGAUCUACAUGGAGCCUCACAUGCUAGGCUGGAGACCACUGAUGGUGUCCUGGAUAAACACGUUACCACAGUCAGUCAGUAUCAUUCAGAAGGAAUUUAUAGAAGGCUUGUUUGAUAGAAUGGUCCCUCUCUCUGUUGAAUUCAUCAGAAGGCAUACAAAGGAGCUCUCUCCUACUUCAGAUACAAACUUGGUCCAUUCCUUAAUGAAUCUCAUAGACUGUUUUAUGGAUGACUUUGCUGAUGAAAACAAACAAAAGGAAAGAAAUGACCAAGAAAGUUUCUCUUUGCUGGAGGGCAUUUUUCUGUUUUCAUUGAUCUGGUCUGUUGGUGCAACUUGUACAGAUGAUGAUCGUAUGAAAUUCGAUAAGAUCCUCCGAGAGCUAAUGGAAGGUCCAAUUUCAGACCAAACUCGAAAUAAGUUUACGUUACUGAGUAGUACUGAACAAACAUCCUCAAAGGCGUUUAUAGUGCCAUUUCCUGAAAAGGGAACAAUCUAUGAUUAUCAGUUUAUCCUGGAGGACUUAGGAAGAUGGGAUAAAUGGAUAAAGAAAUUGGCAGAUACUCCUCCAAUUCCCAAAGAUGUACAGUUUAAUGAGAUCAUUGUGCCAACUCUGGACACAGUCCGUUACUCUGCUCUAAUGCAUUUACUGACCACUCAUCAAAAGCCUUCAAUAUUUGUAGGACCAACAGGAACUGGAAAGAGUGUUUAUAUCAUUAAUUUUCUUUUAAAUCAACUCAAUAAGGACAUCUACAAACCUCUUAUAGUUAACUUCUCAGCCCAAACUACAGCAGCCCAAACUCAGAAUAUCAUUAUGUCGAAACUAGACAAAAGAAGAAAAGGAGUUUUUGGUCCUCCUUUAGGCAAGAGAAUGAUAGUCUUUGUAGAUGAUGUGAAUAUGCCUGCCCGUGAGGUCUAUGGGGCUCAGCCUCCCAUUGAAUUACUUAGACAGUGGCUAGAUCAUUGGAAUUGGUACGACCUCAAAGAUUGCUCUGUGAUUAAACUAGUGGACAUCCAGAUCAUGUGCGCUAUGGGCCCUCCAGGUGGUGGCCGAAAUCCAAUAACUCCUCGUUACAUGAGACAUUUCAAUAUUGUAACCAUCAAUGAAUUUAGUGACAAGUCCAUGUUCACAAUCUUCUCCAGAAUCCUGGCCUGGCAUCUAAGAACCUGUUAUAAGUUUCCAGAUGAUUUUCUAGAUAUGACUACACAAAUAGUGAAUGGUACAAUGGCCCUGUACAAAGAUGCCAUGAAGAAUCUCUUACCUACUCCAGCUAAAUCUCACUAUUUGUUCAACCUUCGCGAUUUCUCCCGAGUCAUACAAGGUGUUUGUUUGUCAAGACCAGAAACAGCAGAAAACAAAGAGGCCAUUAAACGCCUGUGGGUUCAUGAGGUCCUCAGAGUAUAUUAUGAUCGCCUUGUGGAUAAUGCUGACAGAGGCUGGCUUAUUAACUACAUACAAGGAAUUCUGAAAAAUUACAUGCAGGAAGAUUUUCAUGACCUAUUUAAAAACUUGGAUUUUAAUCAUGAUGGCACUGUAGAAGAAGACGAUUUAAGAAGUUUAAUGUUUUGUGAUUUCCAUGAUCCUAAGAGGGAAGAUUUUGGCUAUAGAGAAGUUGAAAAUGUGGAUGCUCUCAGGAUGAUUGUCGAAGGCCAUCUGGAUGAAUAUAACAACAUGAGCAAAAAGCCCAUGAACCUCGUCUUGUUCCGAUUUGCCAUAGAACACAUAAGCAGAAUUUCUCGAAUCUUGAAGCAGCCACGGAGCCACGCCCUCCUGGUGGGGGUGGGUGGGAGCGGAAGGCAGUCAGUCACCAGACUUGCUGCACACAUGGCUGAUUAUUCACUAUUCCAGGUGGAAAUCUCCAAGGGCUACGGUAGCCAUGAGUGGCAUGAAGAUCUGAAAGUGAUCUUAAGAAAAUGUGCAGAGAAUGACAUGCAGGGGGUCUUCCUGUUCACAGAUACACAAAUAAAAAGAGAGUCGUUUCUAGAAGAUGUCAACAAUCUCCUAAACGCCGGGGAGGUUCCAAACCUCUUUGCUUUAGAUGAAAAGCAAGAAAUAUGUGAAAAGAUGCGUCAGUUAGAUCGCCAGCGGGAUAAAACCAAACAGACAGACGGGAGCCCCAUAGCUCUUUUCAACAUGUUUAUUGACCGCUGCCGCAACCAGCUGCAUGUGGUCCUGGCCAUGAGUCCCAUUGGAGACGCAUUUCGGAUUCGUCUUCGGAAAUUCCCUGCUCUUGUUAACUGCUGUACCAUUGACUGGUUUCAGUCAUGGCCAGAAGAUGCUCUGGAAGCCGUUGCUUCACGGUUCCUGGAAGACAUUGAGAUGUCAGAGGAAACCCAAGAAGGCUGUAUUGACAUGUGUAAAAGGUUCCACACUUCUACUAUCAACUUAUCAACAUCCUUCCACAACGAACUUCAAAGAUAUAAUUACGUGACUCCCACCUCCUACCUGGAAUUGAUCUCUACCUUCAAACUGUUGUUAGAAAAGAAAAGAAAUGAAGUGAUGAAAAUGAAAAGGAGAUACGAGGUGGGUUUAGAUAAGCUGGACUCGGCUUCGUCCCAGGUGGCCACCAUGCAGAGUGAGCUGGAGGCACUGCAUCCGCAGUUAAAAGUUGCCAGCAGAGAGGUUGAUGAAAUGAUGAUAAUAAUUGAGAGAGAGUCCAUGGAGGUGGCCAAAACUGAGAAGAUUGUGAAAGCUGAUGAAACAGUAGCGAACGAUCAAGCCAUGGCAGCCAAAGCCAUCAAAGAUGAAUGUGAUGCCGACUUGGCCGAAGCCUUACCCAUCCUGGAGUCUGCACUGGCUGCCCUUGAUACCCUGACCGCACAGGAUAUCACCGUUGUGAAGUCCAUGAAGAGUCCCCCUGCUGGCGUCAAACUUGUCAUGGAAGCUGUCUGCAUAUUGAAAGGGAUCAAAGCUGACAAAAUCCCUGACCCAACAGGUUCAGGGAAGAAAAUUGAGGAUUUCUGGGGCCCUGCUAAGAGACUUCUCGGUGACAUAAGGUUUCUGCAGUCACUUCAUGAGUACGACAAAGAUAAUAUUCCUCCUGCUUAUAUGAAUAUCAUAAGGAAGAGUUAUAUCCCCAACCCAGACUUUGUUCCAGAGAAGAUCCGGAAUGCUUCAACAGCUGCUGAGGGUCUGUGCAAGUGGGUUAUCGCAAUGGACUCCUAUGACAAAGUGGCAAAAAUUGUAGCUCCCAAAAAGAUAAAGCUAGCUGCAGCCGAAGGAAAGCUGAGGAUUGCUAUGGAAGGCCUUAGAAAGAAGCAGGCUGCCCUGUAUGAGGUUCAGGACAAGUUGGCCAAACUCCAAGACACACUUGAGUUGAAUAAGCAGAAGAAAGCAGACUUGGAAAACCAGGUUGACUUGUGCAGCAAAAAGCUAGAACGCGCAGAGCAGCUGAUCGGGGGCCUGGGAGGUGAGAAAACCCGAUGGAGCAACUCCGCGCUGGAGCUUGGGCAUCUGUACAUCAACCUGACGGGAGAUAUCCUCAUCUCCUCAGGGGUUGUCGCCUACCUGGGAGCCUUUACAUCUAACUACAGACAGAAUCAAACCAAGGAGUGGUCACAGUCAUGUAAAGAGAGAGACAUCCCCUGCUCUGAUGACUACUCUCUUAUGGGUACGCUCGGAGAAGCAGUGACGAUUCGAGCUUGGAAUAUCGCUGGGUUGCCCUCUGACUCUUUCUCCAUUGAUAAUGGGAUCAUUAUAAUGAAUGCAAGAAGGUGGCCUCUGAUGAUAGACCCUCAAGGUCAGGCUAAUAAGUGGAUCAAAAACAUGGAGAAAACCAAUAGCCUCCAGCUCAUUAAACUAAGUGACCCUGACUAUGUCAGAACUCUGGAAAACUGUAUCCAGUUUGGAACUCCUGUGUUGCUAGAAAAUGUGGGAGAAGAACUGGACCCGAUUCUAGAGCCUCUUUUGUUGAAGCAGACCUUCAAGCAGGGUGGGAGCACAUGCAUUCGGCUUGGAGAUUCCACAAUUGAGUAUGCUCCCGACUUCCGCUUCUAUAUCACAACAAAGCUGAGGAACCCGCACUAUCUCCCAGAGACGUCAGUGAAGGUCACAUUGUUAAACUUCAUGAUAACUCCUGAGGGAAUGCAGGAUCAACUUUUGGGAAUCGUAGUGGCACGGGAAAGGCCAGAUCUUGAAGAAGAAAAGCAAGCCUUGAUAGUACAAGGAGCUGACAACAAAAGGCAGUUAAAGGAAAUAGAAGACAAGAUUUUAGAAGUUCUCUCACUAUCAGAAGGCAAUAUAUUAGAAGAUGAGACUGCGAUUAAAAUAUUAUCUUCCUCCAAGUCUUUGGCUAAUGAGAUUUCUCAGAAGCAGGAAGUGGCUGAGGAGACAGAGAAAAAGAUUGACAACACCCGCAUGGGCUAUCGGAUCAUCGCUAUCCAUUCUUCCAUCCUGUUCUUCUCCAUCGCUGAUCUAGCCAACAUCGAGCCCAUGUACCAGUAUUCUCUGACCUGGUUUAUUAACCUGUUCAUUCUGUCCAUUGAAAAUUCAGAGAAAUCAGACAUCUUAUCAAAAAGGCUUCAGAUUCUCAGAGAUCACUUCACCUACUCACUCUAUGUCAACAUCUGCCGCUCGCUCUUCGAAAAGGACAAGUUGCUAUUUUCCUUUUGUCUCACUGUGAAUCUGCUGAUACAUGACAACUUGAUUAACAAAACAGAGUGGAGAUUUCUACUCACUGGUGGCAUUGGGCUGGAUAAUCCUUAUACCAACCCUUGCACAUGGCUUCCUCAAAAGUCCUGGGAUGAGAUUUGCCGACUAGAUGACUUACCUGCCUUUAAGACCAUUCGCAGGGAAUUUAUGCGCUUAAAGGAUGGAUGGAAAAAAGUAUAUGAUAGUAUGGAGCCACACCAUGAGAUGUUUCCCGAAGAUUGGGAAAAUAAAGCAAACGACUUUCAGAGGAUGCUUAUUAUCCGCUGCUUGAGGCCAGACAAGGUUAUUCCAAUGCUGCAGGAAUUCAUAAUCAAGAAGUUGGGACGCCCUUUCAUUGAGCCUCCCCCCUUUGACUUGGCCAAGGCAUUUGGGGACAGUAACUGUUGUGCACCGUUGAUCUUUGUGCUCUCCCCUGGAGCAGAUCCCAUGAAUGCUCUUCUGAAAUUCGCUGAUGACCAGGGAUAUGGGGGCUCAAAACUUAGCUCUCUAUCUCUGGGCCAAGGUCAAGGGCCCAUCGCUAUGAAGAUGUUAGAGAAAGCUGUCAAGGAUGGGACCUGGGUUGUUCUUCAAAACUGUCACCUUGCCACCUCUUGGAUGCCAACUCUUGAGAAAGUUUGUGAGGAGUUAAACCCAGAAUCAACACACCCUGAUUUCCGAAUCUGGCUGACGAGUUACCCAUCUCCAAAUUUCCCUGUGUCGGUCCUGCAGAAUGGAGUAAAAAUGACCAACGAAGCACCGAAAGGAUUGCGAGCUAAUAUCAUCCGAUCAUACCUCAUGGACCCCAUCUCUGACCCUGAAUUCUUUGACAGCUGCAAAAAGCCUGAGGAAUUCAAGAAAUUGCUUUAUGGCCUCUGUUUCUUUCAUGCUUUGGUACAAGAGAGACGAAAAUUCGGACCCCUAGGGUGGAAUAUUCCUUACGAAUUCAAUGAGACAGAUCUAAGAAUCAGUGUGCAGCAACUCCACAUGUUCCUGGACCAGUAUGAGGAACUUCCUUACGAUGCUCUCCGCUACAUGACUGGGGAAUGUAAUUACGGAGGCCGGGUGACUGAUGACUGGGACCGGCGCACACUGCGUAGCAUUCUCAACAAAUUCUUCUGCACAGAAUUAGUUGAAAAUCCACAAUACAAAUUUGACUCUAGUGGCAUCUAUUUCAUUCCUCCCUCUGGUGAUCACAAAAGCUACAUCGACUACACAAAGACUUUGCCACUGAUCCCAGCACCAGAAGUCUUUGGGAUGAAUGCCAAUGCCGACAUCACUAAGGACCAGUCGGAGACGCAGCUGCUGUUUGAUAACAUUCUCCUUACCCAGUCUCAGUCAUCAGGUUCUGGAACAAAGUCAUCAGAUGAAGUAGUAAAUGAGGUUGCUGGAGAUAUCCUGAGUAAACUUCCAAACAACUUUGAUAUUGAGGCUGCCAUGCGGAGAUACCCAACAACCUACACUCAGAGCAUGAACACUGUCCUUGUCCAAGAGAUGGGACGUUUCAAUAAGUUGCUGAUAACCAUAAGAGAAUCAUGCAUUAAUAUUCAAAAAGCAAUCAAGGGACUUGUUGUGAUGUCUACAGAGCUGGAGGAAGUGGUGAGCAGCAUCCUGAAUGUCAAAAUCCCAGCAAUGUGGAUGGGCAAAUCCUACCCAAGCCUGAAGCCACUAGGCAGCUAUGUGAAUGACUUCCUCGAAAGACUAAAAUUCCUGCAGCAAUGGUAUGAGGUUGGUCCCCCUCCAGUCUUCUGGCUUUCUGGCUUCUUCUUCACACAAGCUUUCCUGACUGGUGCGCAGCAGAACUAUGCGAGAAAAUUCACAAUUCCAAUUGAUCUUCUUGCGUUUGACUAUGAAGUGAUGGAUGACAAGGAAUAUAAAAAUGCUCCAGAGGAUGGUGUUUACAUUCAUGGAUUGUUUUUGGAUGGAGCUUCCUGGGACAGGAAGACCAAGAAACUUGCAGAAUCACAUCCUAAAGUUCUGUAUGACACAGUCCCCGUGAUGUGGCUAAAGCCAUGCAAAAAGUCAGACAUAUCCAAACGACCAAGUUAUGUUGCUCCACUGUAUAAGACAAGCGAGAGGAGGGGCACACUCUCCACCACUGGCCACUCUACAAAUUUCGUGAUUGCCAUGAUUCUUCCCUCUGACCAACCCAAGGAACACUGGAUUGGACGGGGUGUGGCACUGCUGUGUCAACUAAACUCAUAAUCUGAAGGUGGCAUCAUCUCUUGCAACUUCUUGUUAGACUGAAUAAAACACAUUUUACCGUUUAAAUUUUGCUUUGGCUUAAAUAAACUUAAUGUUCUUAAUUAUGACUUUA